UUGUGCCAACACCAGUAUUUAGUGAUUUUGCGGCAGACGUGAUAAUUGUGCUGUGUUGUGCUAAACAUUUGCUAAUCCAAUAACCCAUCAGUUUACUCGCAUCGCUGGGCAGGCCACCAACGAAAAUGGAGGCGUUAUAUAUGCAAACGAAUAGUGUGAUCCAGGAAACACAACAGUGCUUUCAACGUUUAAACGACGUGCGUUACGAUUCUGGAGAAAUCGAACAGGACAUCGAAAAGAAAAUCACGAUAGUCAAUGGCAACUGCGAUAGGUUGGAUGUACUGCUCUUUAAAGUGCCCGUUGCCCAGCGGCAAAAUGCCAAGAUGCGUGUCGAUCAGCUGAAAUACGAUAUCCGACACCUGCAAGCAGCUCUGAAGUUGUAUCAAGAUAAAAAACAGCGUCGGGCAGCGGAACUGGCCGAACGGGAAAGCUUACUAAACAAACGGUUCACUGCCAAUGCCGAGACAUCGAUCGAUAUCGAUUAUUCCUUACAGCAUCAUAAUUCCAUGCAAAACGCGCACCGUGGUGUCGACGAAAUGCUCUGGACUGGUUCUAGUGUCUUGGAUGGAUUAAAAUCUCAACGCGAAACACUGAAAGGGGCUCGAAGGCGAAUCAUGGAUGUGGGAAGUACUCUGGGUUUGUCGAAUCAAACGAUGAAAAUGAUUGAACGAAGACUUGUGGAAGACAAGUACGUAAUGUACGGUGGAAUGUUUGUUACAUCAGUUAUUAUAUUUUUAAUUAUUUAUUUUUGGAUUCUUUAGCUACAUAAUAAACGCUUGCAAGAAUGUUAUCAUAACUGAGUGUUAGAAAAUGAUCAUUUGCAAUACUAAGAAAGAC